AUGUAUAACGCAAAAAUGAAUCCGCAAUGUUCUAAAUGUAAAGCAGCAAUGAGGAAAUAUAACUACUCCGUCAAAGAGAUAGAACGUAUGAGAAACGACUAUGCAGACUUAAAGAAAGAAGCAGAGAAGCCGGUAGAAGAUAAAAUGGACAUGUUAGCAUUUCUGAACAAAAACUAUCCAACUGCUGACGAUUUCCUUCUAUCUGACGUCAAGAAGAAGUAUAAAGAAACUUUCGGCAUUGUUAAAAUUUUUGAUAUCCUCAGCGAAGAAAUAGAAGCUACAAAACUGUUUAGAAUCUCACGAAUUCAUAACGUUUACCAUGUAAAACGGUUAUAA